AACUAACUUCUUCGCCGUUUCCAACUUUACUUCAUUUGAAGACAAAACAACAUCACCGUGAAUCUCGAUAUUCUCUUCUUUUUAUUUAAUUUAAACCGUUUACACUUUUUUCCAUUCUUCUUUUUUCUCUUUUCACACCCCCCAUUUUCGUCCUCACUUUUUUUUUUUUUUUUUUGUUUCUACUACUCGCUGCUAGCUUGUAUACCUGCACUGGUUCUGUACCGUGCAUCCUUUGCUAACCAACCAACCAUAAAUGGGCUGCUUCAACUCUAAGCCAACAAGACAGUAUCCUGGGAAAGAGGAUCCCGUGAUUCUUGCAUCACAGACUGCUUUCACUGUCAGUGAAGUUGAAGCAUUGUUCGAGCUUUUUAAGAGCAUCAGCAGUUCUGUUGUUGAUGAUGGGCUAAUAAGCAAGGAAGAAUUUCAAUUGGCAAUCUUCAAGAAUAAGAAAAAAGAAAAUAUCUUUGCAAAUCGGAUCUUUGAUCUAUUUGAUGUCAAGAGGAAGGGCGUUAUUGAUUUUGAUGACUUCGUUAGAUCUCUCAAUGUCUUCCACCCAAACGCAGCGCUAGAAGACAAGAUUGAAUUCUCAUUUCGGCUCUAUGAUUUGCACAAUACUGGCUUUAUAGAGCGUCCAGAGGUCAAGCAAAUGUUAAUUGCACUUCUUUUCGAGUCUGAAAUGAAGUUGGCGGACGAUGUGAUCGAAACAAUUCUAGACAAGACUUUCUUGGACGCUGACCUGAACCAAGAUGGAAAAAUAGACAUUGUUGAGUGGCGAAAAUUUGUUUCUGAAAAUCCUUCACUGCUCAAAAUCAUGACACUUCCCUACCUAAGGGACAUAACAACUUCUUUCCCAAGUUUUGUAUUUAAUUCUAACGUGGAUGAAAUUGUUGCUUGAGAGCAAACACAGCUUUAGGUUUAGCAAUUAUUGAGAGAACACAACUUUAGGUUCUCAAAUUAUUAAGAGAAUUGGAUUGGAUGUGUUUGUAAAAGCUCAAACAGAAAUGAAUAGAUGCCAUGCUUGUUAUUAUAUUUAUGCCUUUCUCAGUGAGUGUAAUUUGUAAAUCACAUUCUCAUUGAAAUUUUUCAGUCAGGUUUCCAAGUUA